GGGAGGUGUGGCCUCUGCAUGCAGAUCUCAGUGGUGAGACAAGAGUUCAUCAGGAGGAGCUCUGAGAGGUUUUGACUGGAAUUACAAUCUUAACAAAUGUGGAACAUGUCCCAGCUCCUGCAGGCUGCUGCUCUGUGGAUCUACCUGCUCCUGCCCUCGCUGCUCUGUGCAAACAUGCGCUGCUACUACAGCCCCAUCCUGGAGAAGGGGGAUAAAUUUGAUCUCAUCGUGUCAGAGUGCCGUCCUGAUGAGAUGUGCUUUAAGGCAGAAGGUCGCUAUGGAAACUACAGCGCCCUGUCUGCCAGGGGCUGCAUGGCAAAGAAGGGCUGCAGCCGGGUGCACAAGAUCCGCAUCAGAGGAACCAUCUACACCAUGAGCUAUGGCUGCUGCGAUUCACCGUAUUGCAACUCCUGCCCAGGGGUCUUCGCCAAACCCCUCGUCAUCACACUUACACUAUUGACUGUAGCUGUGGUGGCCGGCAUCUUGUGAAGACACCACAUGUGCUAUGUGAUGGGUAAUUUUAAGGAGGGGGGGGAAUGUUUUUGUGGUUCAGUGCCCAGAGGCAUUUCUGCAGCCUCUGCAUGGAGUAAUGCAGAGGCUGUGGUCAACGCCCAGAAGACACUGAGGUGUGCACCAUAGUGAUGCCAGAGAUUUUAACAUUUUAUUUUGAAUA